AUGGACUCAAGCUUCAAACAGAGUAGAUUUGACUAUUCUCUAUUCACUAAGAAAGUUGAUCAGCACAUUGUUGUGAUACUGAUUUAUGUUGAUGAUUUAUUGAUAACUGGGAGUAGCAUCGAGUUAAUCUAUGAAGCCAAACAUUCCUUGCAUCAACAAUUUAAAGUCAAGGAUUUAGGUGAAUUGGGAUACUUCAUUGGUAUUGAGGUAGCAGGCUAUUCGUCCACUGAAGAUCCUUUAGUGGACAUAACCAGUUAUCAGAAGCUCAUUCAGAAGCUUCUGUAUCUUACAGUUACCAGGCCAGAAAUAUGUUAUGCUGUUCAGAGUCUCAGUAAAUUCAUGCAUGCACCUAAGAGGUCUCAUAUAGAUGCAUCCCUUCGAGUGGUCAGAUAUCUCAAGAAUGCUCCUAGACUUGGGGUUCACCUUAAGAGGUCACUUGUGCAUUCUCUAGUUGCUUUUUGUGACUCGGACUGGGGAGAUUUUCCUGUCACUAGAAGGUCUAUCAGUGGCUAUUUGGUGAAGCUUAGAGAUACCUUAAUCUCAUGGAAGUUUAAGAAACAACACAUAGUCUCCAGAAGCAGUGCAAAAGCUGAAUACAGGAGUAUGACCACUGCUGUUGUUGAAAUCACUUAG